UUUUGAAUGUUUGGUUGGGGGUUGGGAUGAGUUUUGAUACUAAAACUUUUGUUCGUGUUGUUUCUCAAUAGCUUGUUGAUUUAAGGAACUAAUUGUUUUUAUAAUAUGGAUUCUGAUAGAAAUACCGAAGAUAUUUUACCAUACCUUGAGAAGUUGAAGAUUUCUGCAUUCAAAAAAGUAGAUUUAAUUAGAAAUCAAGUACAGAAUGUGACAAUAGGACCUUCUGCAACUAUUCCAAGAACUGAUAUUACCCAAGCGAAAAAUGUUCUACCCGCACAAGAUACCAAAGUGGAAGCUGAGGUCAAAAUUAAAAGGAGUCCAGAUGAAACUCAAACCCAGAUCAAAGGGGCUGAAGAAAAUAAUUCCUUAAUACCUUUUCGUCAAGUUCUCAAAGAGUAUGAAUAUUUGCGACAGCGAAAGGUCCAAGAGGCUAUGCAAAGUCAUUCUAAAAAAUUUGAAUUAUUUUCUGCUCAGCAAAGUAUGAAUAGGAAACAAAGUUGGCUGCUUCAACAGCAGAAACUUGAACAAAAUAAACACCUUUAUGAGGAAGAAGUGAUAACUGCUCUGAAAAAAUAUGAUGAGGAAAAACUCAAUGAACAGAAAAUAAUAAAACAACAUCAACAGAAGUUAGAGUCUGAAAAAAAAAAGAUAGCUGCGGCAAUAGAAGCAAAAAAAAAGGAGAAUGAAAUGCUCAAUCAUUGCUUAGAUAAUCAGAGUAAGUUUCAGUCAGCGUUUCAGGACAUAAUGAUGAAUAUUAAAAAUUGUCAAGAUAAUGCAUUAAAAGCAGAAUUAGCAGAAAGUUGGAAACACUGUAAGGAACUAAGUGAUCUAAUGGAAGGUUUGAUGCAGAAGUGCAAAACUAAAGUUUCAGAACAAGAAAAAGAUAUGAUUGAAAUGGUUUUGAAAAGAAUGUACGAGUUACAACUAAAAAUAAAUCAAAUGAUAAAGGGAUAUAACGAAAAAAAAGCUAAGGAUGAAGCAGAGGUUAGUUAUUCUUUGAAAAGUGAUAUACCUGAAAAGACAGUUACUGAUGUUCAUAGCAUGUCUGUUCCAAAAGAACAAAAGGAACAGUCUGUUUCUCCCCUUACAGAAUAUAUAGGUAAAUCACAAUUGGAAGUAUACACUGCAAUAAUGGAAUUCCAUCAAAAAUAUGUUAAUUCUUUUAAAGACUUCUUGAACUUGGAGGAAUUUAAGCAAUUCAGAUUUGACUGCAAGAAAGCUGUUAAUUUAUCUGUGAACACAAUUUCAGCAGUUAGUUCUCAACAUCUUCAUGACAAAUAUGUGAAACUUUCUAAUCUUUUGAGUGGGAAAAAUACAGUUAUAGGCGACUUUCAAAUUAUUGCUUCAAAGCACCCUAAAGGUAUAUCCUAUUGUAUAGACUUACUCGCAAAAAAAUUUGUACUGCAAGGUGAUCUUAUGGUAUCUUGUAAUCCAGAAUCGGCAUUUGCAUUUGCUACAAUUAUCAUUUCAAUAUGGAAUGAGAGUCCUGAUUUUGGUAAAAUUCUGCUGGCAUACUUUUUCAAAGAUUGUGUAUAUUUGAUUCCCUUUUACCCACCAAGAAUAAUUAACCAAACUGAUCAAGAGUAUUACAAAAGUCAGGGAUACAGAUACACUGAUGAUAAAGUAGAGGAGCAAGAUAAAUUCUUAAAACGAAUGGCAGGAACAAUGAGACUGUAUUUUGCUAUUUUAAUAUCAAAUCCUAAAAGAAGUCAAAGCAGACAUCCAUAUUCAAUUAAUCAUGCUUGGACUUGGUUCAUUUCAGUUUUGAAAUUGAAACCUAGAUUAGAUAUUACCGCCACCAUGCUUCAUACAUUUUUUGAUACAAUUGGUUUUGAAAUGCAGAAAGUUUAUGGAAAGCAGUUUUCAAAAGUCAUGAAAUACUUCAUUGAAGAAUUCUUUCCUUUAAUGAAAAAAAUUGACAGUGGUGGACCUGUUACCCGAUUAGAUUGUUUGAUGCAAGAAUUUAAAGAAAAUGGCAAUAAAUUCCUUGUGCCAAAAGGACUUUUAUCUGAAAAUUUUUGGUGAAAUAUAGUGCUUCUCAUCCUAAAUUUACAGAAUUUUUCCUGCUUGUAUAUACAUGAACAUCUAUAUAAAUAUUGUAUAUUUUUAAUUCUGAUUUUUUUGAUUGAGUAAAUUGAAUGUGCCUAUUUUA